CCUAGUUGUUUUGUCAGUGGAGGGAGAGCGAACAGCGGGGAGGAGAAGAAAAAUGUACAAGUCGAAAUUGCAAGAGCUAUGCCAGAAGAAAGCAUGGGACUUACCAGAGUACGACACCACAAAGCAAGGGCAAGAUCACAAUCCUCGCUUCGAAGCUGCCGUGGUGGUCAACGGCAUGUCGUUUCAGUCUCAGAAUCCGGUCAGGUCUGCCAAAGAAGCCCAAAACGACGCCGCUCGUGUCGCUUUCCUUCAUUUCACUUCUCCCCCUAUUCCUAAUCCUGGUUCUUCUAAUGUAACUGCUAAUUUUGAUAGUAAUAUUGAAAACAGAAGGACAGUGCAACCGGGAAGACAAGAAACAAAUCGACUUUCUCAGGUCAAUGAAACAGGCUCCGUUUGUAAAGAUAAUCACAGAGUUAAAGAUAUCCAACACCUGUACAAGAACCAACUGCAAGUUUUUGCUCGAAAGAGAAACGUUGAUCUACCAGUAUAUUCUUGUGAGUGUGAGGGUCCUCCUCAUGCAAGCCGCUUCAGGUGCAAGGUCACUUUCAAUGAACAAACUUAUGAGAGUUUGGAGUUCUUUCCAACAAUAAAGGAAGCUGAACAUGCAGCUGCAAAAAUUACUUUAUCGUCUUUGUCGCCAGAUGCUUUUCAAGAGGAAGACUUUAGCUUCUACAAGAACCUUUUGCAAGAAUUAACUCAGAAGGAAGGUUGUCCUCUACCAGUUUACACAACAACUAGAUCUGGUGAAGCCCAUGCAUCGACAUUUGUUUCCAUUGUGGAGGUAAAAGGAAAUGUUUUCACAGGACAGGAAGCAAAAACCAAGAAGCAUGCAGAGGUUUUGGCAGCAAAAGUAGCUUACAUGAAAUUAAAAGAGCGCAAGUCAAAUAGAGGCUCUAUGGUUAUUAAUCCUGCCUACCAAGAACGACAGGUGCCUGUGCUCUCACUUUCUCACUCACGUUCAAAUGUCAAUGCUGAUACCCAACAGAAUUUUGGACCCAAAGCCUGCACAUUAUUCAAUCCUAGUUCAACUACAGGGGAGGAUCAGCAUGAUGAUAUAGUUUAUGGAACAUUUCGCAAUCAUCUUCUCUCUAUUCCAUUCCCACAACCAGAAAUGACUACAGAUUGGCAAAGUAGCUCAUCCACAUCUAGUCUGUAUGAUCCUCUUCUUCCGGAAUAUGACCUUUCUAUGUCUAAUUUGCCGUCUAAUCACUCAGCUACUACCAAUUCAGUUACAAAUUCAAUCACAAUGGAGCCUGUUGCAAUGAGUACUGUACCCUGCAACAAGGUCAUAGUUCAUCCCCGUGUCCCAAACUUGAACUUUCCUGCUGGUAGCACUGUGCUGCCCAUGAGUGAUGAGAAUUGGGUUGCCUUUAAGUUAGAAUCUCAACCAAACCAGUGACUUCUAUGAACCAAAUAUUUUAUUGCAAAUGCCACGUUUUACCAUGCUUAGAAUUGCGAGACCCCAGGUGAAAUUUCAUGUUUAUGCAACUGCUUUCUGCAAACAAAAACUGAUGAAUAGAACAUAUGUAACUCGUUACAUCA